UCCCCUCCGCCCCCCACAUGCCAGCCACAGCCACAGUCACACAUUCAUAAACAGGGCCGGGAGAAGUACACACGCACCCCCUCGCUGCCUACUCCUUUUGGGAGCCCUGAGUCAUUCCCGCCCCCCUCCCAGGGCUCCCCAUUUCCCUGAGUGCAGGCACCAUAGGACAAGCUGGAGUCUCCUUUAAUGGUCCCCAUUCCCCUAGGCCCCCUUGCCCAGUUUGCUGACUCUGACACUCAGCCAAGGACUUCCUGUAGGUCUGCGCCUGGACGGUUGCCACAGCCCCGGUGCACUUGGGGGAGGCACUUCCUUUUCCUGAACUCUGGGAUCCUGCGGGAGGAAGUUAGGCGGGGGCCCGCAGAGGCCAGGCUGACUGGCCGUCCAGAAGCACUAGUCUUCUUAGGAGCAGGCUACAGAGGCCUGGGAUGGGAAUCUUGGCCGCUGUCGAGGUACUUGGGGAAAAAGGAGGUCUGGGGAGACCAAGCCUAGUAGUCCAGGCAGUUGUGCCAAUGCUGGGACAGCACCCCUCCUGUCCACAGGUCUCUCUUCCCUGCCCCUGAUCCUUGGCCCUGUUUAUCAUUUGGCCCCCCCUUCCAGUAAUGAUGUCUAUCUGGUUCCAUCUCCUUCCCCUAUACGAAGUCACAGCAGAGGAUAGGGCAGAAACUUGAGAGAGAAAGUUAGGUGUGAGAUCUGUCCCCCAGCUACCUCAGGUUCUUCAGACCAGCAUGGAAGAGUUGGGAACAAACAGCGGGUGGUCCUCUCUACUCUGUUCCUGCUCUCUCAGGAGGCCCAUUGUGGGCUGAAGCCCUUACCAUGGAGUCCAUGUUUGAAGAUGACAUCAGUAUCCUGACCCAAGAGGCCUUGGGGCCCAGUGAGGUGUGGCUGGAUGGUCCUGGAGACCCGUCACUGGGAGGGGACAUGUGUUCUGCCUCCCACUUUGCUCUCAUCACAGCCUACGGAGAUAUCAAGGAGCGGCUAGGAGGCCUGGAGAGAGAGAACGCCACCCUUCGCCGUCGCCUCAAAGUCUAUGAGAUCAAGUAUCCGCUGAUCACCGAUUUUGGAGAGGAACAUGGCUUCCCUCUGUAUGAGAUCAAGGAUGGCUCCCUGCUGGAGGUGGAGAAGGUCAGUCUGCAGCAACGGCUCAACCAGUUCCAACAUGAGUUGCAGAAGAAUAAGGAGCAGGAAGAGCAGCUCGGGGAGAUGAUCCAGGCUUACGAGAAACUGUGUGUGGAGAAAAGCGACUUGGAGACAGAGCUGGGGGAGAUGCGGGCCCUGGUAGAGACCCACCUGCGGCAGAUCUGUGGUUUGGAGAAACAGCUGCAGCAACAGCAAGGCCUCCGGGAUGCAGCUUUCUCCAGCCUGAGUCCCCCAGCUGUCCCCGCCACAGCCUGUCCUGACCUGGACCUGCACUAUCUGGCUCUCAGAGGGGGACCUGCUCUGGGUCAUGGUUGGCCUGGCCCUGCGAGUGUAAGUGUGAGUGAGCUGGAGCGGAGGCGCCUGGAAGAGGCCCUGGAGGCUGCUCAGGGGGAGGCUCGGGGAGCUCAGCUCCGGGAGGAGCAGCUCCAGGCGGAGUGUGAACGACUUCAGGGAGAGCUGAAGCAGCUGCAGGAGACCCGGGCUCAGGAUCUGGCCUCCAACCAGUCGGAAUGUGACAUGGCUUGGGUAAAGAGAGUUGGGGAUGAUCAGGUGAACUUGGCGCUGGCCUACACAGAACUGACUGAGGAGCUGGGUCGGCUUCGGGAGUUGAGUUCCCUGCAGGGGAGGAUUUUGAGAACUUUGCUGCAGGAACAGGCCCGCAAUGCAGGACAAAGGCACUCACCGCUGUCCCAACGUCACUCCCCGGCCCCUGCGUGCCCCUCACCCUCCCCGCCUGCCCGACCGCCGCCCUGUGCCCCGUGCCAGUCCCCCGCUGCACAACGCCGCUCGCCCGUGCCCCCGUGCCCUUCGCCCCAGCAGCGCCGCUCGCCCGCCUCGCCGUCCUGCCCGUCUCCAGUCCCACAGCGCCGCUCGCCGGUGCCGCCGUCGUGCCAAUCGCCCAGUCCGCAACGCCGCUCGCCUGUGCCACCCAGCUGCCCGGCCCCGCAGCCCCGGCCACCGCCACCACCUGGGGAGAGGACGCUGGCCGAGCGUGCCUAUGCCAAGCCUCCCAGCCACCAUGCCAAGGCCGGCUUCCAGGGCCGCCGCAGCUACUCGGAGCUGGCGGAGGGGGCGGCCUACGCUGGUGCCUCCCCGGCCUGGUUGCAGGCCGAGGCUGCCACGCUCCCUAAGCCCCGCGCCUACGGUAGCGAGCUCUACGGCCCUGGCAGGCCGCUCAGCCCGCGCCGAGCCUUCGAGGGCAUCCGCCUGCGCUUUGAGAAGCAGCCAUCGGAGGAAGAGGAGUGGGCCAUGCCCGCCAGCCCUCCCAGUCCCGAAGCGGGCACCAUCCGCUGCGCCUCCUUCUGUGCGGGCUUCCCCAUCCCAGAGUCGCCUGCGGCCACCGCCUAUGCCCACGCUGAGCACGCACAGUCCUGGCCAUCCAUCAAUCUACUGAUGGAGACGGUGGGCUCUGACAUCCGCAGCUGCCCCCUCUGCCAGCUGGGUUUCCCUGUUGGGUACCCGGAUGAUGCCCUCAUCAAACACAUUGACUCCCACCUGGAGAACAGCAAGAUCUAGGGCACCUCUCCCACAACUGGCUGUUUCUCUGUUCUCUCUCUCUCAUCACCCCCAAACACUCACUUUGAAUGCUGCAUGAAUCUCGUGGGGGGCCCCUGCCCCUUGCGGUCCCCAGAUACCUCCACUAGCUACCGAGUCAAUGUGUGUGCCGUCUUCCCUGGUCCAGGCACCACUCAGCUCUGGCUCUUUCCUGGAGGUCGACCAAGGUUCUCCCCAUCUUCCUGGUUUCCACUGGGAAGUGGGGGUCUGGUCUGGGAUGAGGAGGGUGUUUCCCCUCCGCCUCUCUCUGCCUUUCUGUUCUUCAACAGGGUUGUCUCCAAGAGGAAGUCUAGCGCUCAGGGGAGGGAGAGGAGGAGGUGUCAAGAGCUCUGGGAACCCCUUCCCAAAUGUCUGUCUUUCCUGGGCUGUGUUCUUCCAGGAAAGACCUCUUAGUAGGGUCUCAGAGCCCGCCCUGCACACUGACGCCAGCCCUUCUGUCUCAUGGCCGACCACCUUGGGGCUCGUGGUACUAGGGAAGGAGGCAUCUUGUUUCUUGUUAGUCACUGCAGGCCAUCUCUGUUCUCCCCCUCUGCCCACCCUGGGAAACCAGGAAGGUGGCAGAGGGGUGGGAGGACCCUGCAGGCCUUGGAUGAUCCAGCCCAAAGGGGCUGCCUUGAGGCUGGGACUCCUGGGGUAUUACUCUCAGUCCAGGGGACUGUCUGCCAGCCUCACAGGCUUUGGCUCUUCAGGAGCCCCUGGCACUAAGGUGCAGAUCACCAAGGCAGAUGCCUCCACCCCUGCCCCCCACCCCCACUGCAGCUCCUGACACCACAGGUUCCCUAGAGCCCAAGUGUGACUCAGCCUGUGUUUGCUGGGUGGGUGUCAUCAGCCCCUCCCUCCCAGGCCAGAACCUGAGAUUGGGCCCUGGGUGCUGUGGAGAUCAAUUUCAAAAGAGCUAAUCCCCUUCCCAUACCCACCCACCCACCCCUAUAUUCCCUCUGUGAAAUCUACCUCAGAGUCGUCCCCUCAGAAAGACAGGGGAGUGGGAGGCCGGGGCCCCAGGCUGAGGUGGGAGCCUCCUGAGGGAGUCUGCUGCCCACUAUGAAUCCACCCCUCACCUUGAGCCUCCCUGGGGCCUUGGCCAGCCGAUGGCAGUGAACAUCACUGUCCAUCGAAUGUGCCAUUAUGAUCCAAAUCUUCCAGGCCCUCUCCCCACACCCCUCCUUCCUCUGUGCAGGGGGUGAGGGGUAUGUCAGCAGGGAAGGGGCUAAGGACUCCAGAGACAUGUCAUUGUACCCUGAGUGUUCCCCAGGGAGGGGACAUGGGGAAGGGGGCCUGUAGAGGGGAGAGAGAGCCAAGUGCCCUCUGAACAAGUUGGAAGUCCAAAUAAAACUUACCUGUUCCA